AUGGCUUCAUGUUUAUCACAUCGACAUUGCAAGACAAUAGCAGCAUCAGAUCCCGGAAAUGUAAUAAUAUCACCGAUAAGUGUUAAAUUUUUAAUUAGCAUGUUAUACGAAGGUUCGUCGGGGGAAACGGCAAAAGAAAUAGAAAAAAUUCUUCACUUACCAGAUGAAAAAAAUUAUGCGAGAAUGAAAACAAGCGCCAUUUUAAGAUCACUUCAGGCAACGAAUCAAAAUUACGUCAUGGAAAUCGGUACAAAAAUAUUUGUCGAUCAAUCUAUGACGCCGAAAAAUUGGUUCCAGAGAAUUCUUUAUCUUUAUUACAAUGCCUACAUAGAAAAAUUAAAUAUGACGGAUUACAAAACGUCUAUUGAUAGAAUAAAUUAUUGGGUUGAAUCUGUUACUCAUGGACACAUAAAAGAUUUGAUUACUCAGGAUAAUCUCAAUCAAGCAAUGAUGCUACUCGUUAACGCCGUUUAUUUCAAAGGUUCUUGGGAAUCCGUUUUUCAACCUGAAGAAUCUUUUGAUGGAAAUUUCGAAACGUCGAAUGGACCUAAAAAAAUAUCAUACAUGAAACAAACUAAUUACUUUUAUUACAUCAGAUCACCGGAUAUAGAUGCACAAAUAUUGAGGCUACCGUACAAAGGAGACAAAUUUUCAAUGUACAUAGUACUUCCAGAAAAAGAAAACGGUUUGGAAAAAAUUUUAAAAAAUGUCAGUCCAACAGAUAUAAGAAAACAAAUAAUGAGACUCGAUGAAACUUCUGUCGAAGUCAUACUUCCUAAAUUUAAAUUCAAUUACAAAACUGAUUUAAAACCUGUUCUUAAAAAGUUGGGUUUUAGUAAAAUAUUUGAUUCGUUUGGUGAAAUGAAAGGUUUGGUUCAUAAUAAUCAAGUUAAAAAUUUGGCUGUGUCAAGCGUUAUACAAAAAGCUGGAAUAGAAGUUACAGAAGAAGGAAGCGUUGCUGCUGCAGCUUCCGAAAUGCAACUCGUCAAUAAAAUCGGAAUUCAAGACGAAUUAUUUAACGCGAGUCAUCCAUUUUUAUUUUAUAUCGAAGAUGUCACGACUGACACGAUAGUUUUCGUUGGAAAAUACGUUGGACCGGAAACGGAUGAUUCCGAAUCGAAAAUCCCGGUUAAAAAUGAAGAAGAAAAAGAAAAAGAUGAAAUGAAAAAAGUUAAUUCUACCGUAAUCUCAUCAUCGAUUUCUAACGUUCCGACUAAAUUACACGAACUCAAACAAAAGAAAAUCAAAUCAGAUUACAGACAAUCAUACAGAUACAGAUCAUAA